GAAUUUUUUAAUAAAUAUUCAAUUGCGGUCAAAUUGGAAAACAAGGGCAAUAUAGCCAGAGACCAUCUAGCCAAUGAACGAACUUUUCUCGCAUGGUUCAGAACAUCGCUUUCAAUUGUAGCUCUAAGCAUUGGUAUCGUUCAGGUAGAUGACUUGUCGGCAGUAACAAAGCGCCAGAAACUCGGCAAAUGUUUAGGCCUUGUGUUUGUGGUGACAAGCAUGCUAUUUUUGUAUUUUGCUUGUGUGCGCUAUUUUAAUGCUCAGUGGGCAUUACAACACGGUAACUUUCCUGCGAAUCAAGGUAUCAUUACUUGGGUGUCCUUUUGUAUAGUAUCUCUGUUCGUUGCCAUUUUUACAAUGAUGAAACUAGAAGAAACUCAAACUGUGUUUUGA